AAAUUCACAGUGCAAACUAAACAUUCGAAGUAAAAAGUUUCCUACCCACAACAGCUUUCACAACGAUGAAGUGGUUCAGUGCCUUCUUAUUAUUUGGACUCUUGGCAUUAAUUGGAAACAUGGCAGUAUUCACAGCUGCUGAACCAAAUCCUGAUCCACGGGGACGACCAGCUACAACCAAACGUCCCACUGUAAAUACUGAAAAUAAUAAUGCUGGGUUCGACGAAAGACGUCGCUAGCAAACCAGGAGUAGAGGAGGUGAAGGGCACCAAGCACAGCAACAACAACAGCAGCAGCAGCAACAAAAGUUGAAUUGCACCCCAUCAUUGCAAAAAAAUAAUCGUCAA